UUGAGUUCAGCAAUUGUAGAGAAGUCAAAGUUGUUAAGUUGUAUUACUUUGGAAAACAUCAACGCAAUGGGAAAAACUUCCAAGGAUAAACGUGAUAUAUACUACCGCCUUGCAAAGGAAGAAGGCUGGCGGGCACGAAGUGCUUUUAAGCUGUUACAAAUCGAUGAACAAUUUCAUAUAUUAGAUGGAAUCACAAGAGCCGUUGAUUUAUGUGCGGCUCCUGGUAGCUGGUCUCAAGUUCUCUCGAAACGUUUGUACGAGAACAGCAAUGACAAGGAAAAGGUGAAGAUCAUUGCCGUUGACCUGCAGGCCAUGGCCCCGUUAAACGGCAUCAUACAAAUCCAGGGAGACAUUACCAAAAUUCAAACAGCCCAAGCCAUUAUUGAUCAUUUUGGCGGAGAAGAUCUAAAAGCGCAAUUGGUUAUAUGUGAUGGAGCCCCAGAUGUAACCGGCCUGCAUGAUAUUGAUGAGUACAUACAAAGUCAAUUGUUGUUGGCUGCAUUAAGCAUAACAACCCAUGUUUUAAUGCCGGGAGGAAAUUUUGUUGCCAAAAUAUUCCGGGGCAAAGAUACUAGCCUACUCUAUUCCCAAUUGAGAAUAUUUUUUGAAAAAGUUUCCAUUGCUAAACCGGCUAGCUCAAGAAAUUCUAGCAUAGAAGCCUUUGUGGUGUGUCAAAAUUACCGUUGUCCAGAUGGUUACAUACCGCAGAUGAUUAAUCCCAUGAUCGAUGAUGUCCAGGUCAUACAAAAAGCCACAGAGUCUGAAGUGAAUCGUACACUGAUACCAUUCGUUGUAUGUGGCGAUUUAAGAGGAUUCGAUUCAGAUAUGUCGUAUAGUUUAAAUCUGGACGAUGAUUCGGAAUACACGUACCGUGAAGUUGUGCAGAAGCCCAUAUCUCCAGCUUAUAAGGAAAUUCUGGAAAAAUUAAAGAAUUGUUCCAUAAAACACAAGGCCAUAACAGUUAAACAUGACAAUGAAACAAAUAUGGAGGAGAGCGGAAAAUAGGUGAACAAUAAAGUUAAAGCAAUCAAUUUUAAUCAAAGAAUAAAAAUGUUUAACGAUUUCCAAAUCUCUUAAAGAUAA